UUCUCAAAAAUUUAGUAAAAUAAAAUUUAAGGAUCAGGUGUAUCAUGUAGGGGAGAACCUUAUUUGAACUGAUGGCACGAGGAAGUAAUUAUAUCUGAAAGUUUUUGGAAGUCAUCCCUUUUGGAGGAAUACCCGAAUUUGAAUACUGGCCAUCGAUCCGUGUUCAAUGGUAUUUUCAUCAUAAUGAAAUUGAUAUUGACAAUCUUGAUAUACCUGCUGAAGACAGGAUUUACUUGGGAGAUAAUGAGCUCUUCCUCUCGGAUAUAGAGCAAAAUAUUUACAUUGGUCAUAUUAGAGGCAAAUGAAAGGUAUUAACGAUUGAGGAGUAUGAUUCGACAACAAAUGUCACUGAACUCACAUAUUUUUCGAGAGCUAUGUAUCUUACUAAAGAAAAGAAAUUGUCACCUCCUUUUGAAAGAUGGGCAACCCUAUGUAGUUGAAGGAAACCGUUGAACCCAAAUUUGUUAUCCAUUGGCUGAGACAGAUGAAAUGAGUGGUACCAUCCUAAGUGUGAAGGCUUGACUGAUGAAAUGGCACAGAAUAUUGAUGACUUUAUAUGAUCAAAGUGUAAGAGAGGGGUCAUGGUCUAACUCCCAAAGGCUUUA